AUGCAACUCCGCGCAGUCUUUAUCAGCCUGGCCAUGGCUGCCUCGGCCUUUCCUUUGGCGUCGAUCAACUUGGAAGAUCCGAAUGCAUUGAAUGUGGACAUUGCCAAGCGGGGGGAUCAGCUCUCGACAUCUACGGAAACUGCUGAUCAUGUCAACGAGAGUGAUGCGCCACUUCCCAUCGAUGCACGUGAAACCACUUCUAUCGAUAUCGCCAGGCGUACCAAUUUGACCAAAGACUUGGUUAUCACGUAUAAAUUGAACCGCAAAUGA